GCACUAACCCAGGAAUAAUGCGAGAUUCGACCUUGGUGGCGGACAUGAACGCGCCAACACUGUGAAUUGUAUUUGGAGGUGUAUACACAACUCACGACGAUCGUGUCGUGAGUUUUCAUGACACAUUCAGUGGCAUGAGCCCACCUGUUAGUCCGAGCGCUGAACGACAGCCAGCAACUACUCAGGCCUGCGUCCGAUGUUCUGAACGUAAGGUCAAGUGUGACAAGAAAAGCCCUUGUACGGCUUGCCUAAGAUUCGACUUUGAAUGUGUCUAUCGGCCACGAGGUCCUCGCAAGACAAGGAAACAGUCCACUCCUCAUCGGGCCUUGAUUCAACGCCUUAAGAGAUAUGAGUCUUUGCUCCAGGAACAAGGGAUUGACGCUGGUGCAAGUGUUGAAACGCCGACAGCACGUAGCGAAGAUGCAUUGGAGCACGGCAGUCAAUCUUCGACAGUAACGGCGUCUCACACGAAAACUCCAGUGCCGGAAAUCAUUUCUGAGCCCGAGCAAAUUUCUUCUUCACGACUUGGCCAAAAUGCUGGGAAUCUGACUUAUCUGGAGAGGUAAGUCUUACUGCUCUGGGGCGACCUUACUCUGAUCAAUAGCCAGUGCUCUCUGGACAAGGGCAGCCAAAGAGUUUCCUAAGCCGAGCACCACUUUCGACAAUGUGUCUGAUCAGGAAAGCGAUGAUGAGAACAGUGAUAGUUACAAUUCUGAUUUCUUGUCGGAUUUUUCGGGGCCUACCCACGUCGUCAAUAUGACGCAUCCACCGAAGGCACACAUCCUCGCGCUGUGGCAGACUUUCAAGGACAAUGUCGACCCGCUGGUGAAGAUUGUACACGCGCCAACAGUGGAGAUACUAAUUCAAGAGGCAAUGGCCAAUCCGGACCGGAUAUCGCGGAGUUUCGAGGCCUUGAUGUUUGCUCUCUACAGUCUCGCGGUGUUCACGUUGCAAAACGAGGAAUGCGCCCAGAAAUUUGGCGAGACACGACAAAUAUUACUGUCGAGGUACAGAGCAGCAACCAAGUUGGCCCUCGUGCGUGCCAAAGUGUUGCGCACUACGAAUGUUGUUGUUCUCCAGGCUUUCAUCUUCCAUCUUUUCUCAAUCCGAGACACGUGUCAUCCUCGCACCUUGUGUACUCUUACGGCAAUGGCCAUGCGGCUAGCUGAAGGCAUGGGUAUGCAUCGUGAUGGACGACUUCUUGGAUUGCCCCCUUUUGAAGUGGAACUCCGCCGGCGAAUCUGGUGGCAGUUGAGUUGGUUCGACUCAAGAACCUCGGAGCUCAUUGGCGCGAGGAAAUUCCAAAACACUGCGCUCGAUGGGAAAAGUCCUCAUCUUCCAUCAAAUAUAAACGAUGAAGCUCUCCUCCCAGCCAUGAAGGAAACUCCAAAAGCUGCGAACCGUGUGACGACUUUGGCACUUUGUGCGAUUCGCUGGGAAGUUGCAGGCUUUUGGACAAAAUACGUUAGUACGAGACGUCAACAAGGGUUCGAAGAGGGCUUCUGGAGCAACACUCCCUCGCCAGACAGCAUGAAGGUAAGGGAUAAUAUCAUCAAUGACCUCGAGACAAAAUUAGAGACCAAAUACCUCCGAUAUUGUGAUCCCUCAGAGCCAGUCCAGCUCAUGGCUAUGAUGUUCGCUCGGGGAAACAUUGCAACCAUGCGGUUCCUUUCGCACCACCCUCGCAGAUGGGGUUGCUCCGAGGUUCCUGAAUCGGAGAGCGACUUUGUUUGGAAACUAUCUACUAAGCUCCUCGAUGGCCAUAUACAAUUGUAUACGAUCCCUCAGCUUCGCGGCUAUACCUGGCACACAUCGUUUUAUUUUCAAUGGGAAGCACUGGUCCAUGUUCUUGACACGCUACGUGCUAAUCCUCUCUCUCCGGAAAGUGACAAGGCUUGGAAAUUAGUCGGUGCGACCUACGACUGGAAUCCUGACUUUGUGGGCAACAGCAAGAUGCCACUGCGUGUCGCGGUAGGUGAUCUCUGCCUGAAAGCAUACAAGGCUCGCGAGGUCGCAUUAGAGAAGCAAGGAUUGCCAUUGCCACCGCCGCCAUGGUACAUACUCAAAUUCCAUCAGCAAAGAGAGAAAGCAAAGCUUCGAAAACAAGAUCAAGAGAAGAAAAGUCAGAGUGCCGACCUUAGCCUGACACGGCCCCUUCACGCGUGCAGUCCCGUUGAUUCUGGUCAAGGAUAUCCGAGACUAGCGGACAGGGGUUACACUGGCUUGCAGCAAGGUGACGCAGCUUGUCACCGUCUAGAGUCCGCAUUUGUUCAAACUGUUAAUGGUGAGCAGACACAAUUGUCUUUGGACGACGACAAGGUAUCGUGGUCUGGACAUUGCCUCGAUGACCAAUCGCAUGGGGUUCCGCUGGCGGUCACAGAAACCCCUACUCAGAAUCUCAAUUUGUUACUUGAUCAAGACUACAACGCGGAGAGCUGGAUGAACGAGACGUUAGACUGGACCCAAUGGGAUACUUUGUUUGGGACUCCCGACAUGUUUGGCGGGUAAUGUUACCGCAUCUCGCACUACCAAAAUCAACAGGUGCACCGUGAUCAUUAUUUGACGCUUAGCUUCCACCACUUCUUUCUCAGAUAUUGCUGUUCUGAACCGAAAGCAACUUCGGCCACUAAAUUACUUCUUAAGAUACGAAGUCAUCUGGUCAGGAUUGUGGCAAUACCUCGCGUAGCCAUCCAUCCACCUCCUGAGCCAAUCGAAGUGUGUUAUUGCCUUGACAAUGCACAUCGGCACCCGUUUCAGCAUUGAGCUCGACGAAGCUCUUCUGGCUGGACAGAAUGGCCAGAUGCCAUUCCUUCGCCUGUUUCUUCCACACCGAACCUUCUUGCUCGCCGAUGACCGACAGGAAUGGUAUCGAGACUUUUUCUGGCUCUGCGCAUACACCAUCCCACUGCUCAGCCAGAUCUGCUAUGUCAGACACACCAGCUUUCCAUCCGAGCACCUCGAAGUUUUUCCGUGCGGCAUCCGAAAGCAUAGCGCCACCACCUCCAGGCAGUCCUUUUGCGACUUCUCUGAACAAGUCUCCGGGACGGUAAAGCGGGGUAGUCGCGAUAACUGCUGCCAGUCGCUGCUCAUCUGCUGCCGCCCGGCAGGCGAAGUAUCCGCCAAGACUCAUUCCGAGCAGGGCCAACUUACGUGGGUCUACAUGCAUGUGGCUGAUCAAGUGAUCAAUCACUGCAGCGAUGGACCGUUCAGCCUCUUUCUCCCAGUAUAGUCCCUGUUCCUGUACGAGGCCCUGGCCCGGCAGAUCGACCAAGGCCACUGAGUAGCCUCGGUCAAACAAGUGGCGUCCUUGCGACAGGAAACGAUCCUCAUGACAGGAAUCUGCUCCACCUAUCACCAACACUGUGGGGGCAUGAGGAUCACUCGCCUGGUAGAAAUACCCGGGAAGAUUGCCAUUCUGAUAAUGGACAGUAAAACUUGUGAAUGGAAAGGCCAAUUCUGUCAUGGCCUGGGCGAAAAGUUUCUGAUGAGUGCGGAACAGCGACACGAAGCGCUCGCCUGGACCGACGAACUGCCAUGCCAGCCGGUAGCUUGCAAAUGCCUUCAGCCGUGUCUCACCUGCGGCUCGGGUCCAGCCACGUCGUUGCCAUGUGUCGGCUUGCGCGUUCUGUGCAUCUCCGAGGCGUGCGAAUGCUUUCGCCCAGGAGUCCACAUCGCCGUCGAUGAUUUGCGAUGCUGCGUGAAAAGCCUCGCCGACAGACAACCCCCCUGCCGAACCCCAUCCAAGGGCUCCGAGGAAGAAGAGAUCCAUGUUGGGAUCGGUAAAACGAUACCGCUGGCGAAGGCGCUGGGUUGAGUAAUCCUGAUCACGGGGUGAUGAGUCCUCCUGACUUGCCAUGUCGAUGCUUUGUCUUGUUCUACUUUAGGUCUCUUUGCCUAGCGUCGUUGACUUUAGAUGGAAGAAAACCUCUCAGACUCCAAGAAAAUAAUUUAGCUACAGUGUGGGUAUGAAUUGCAAAGGAUAUAGGGACAAUGUAGAGAGAGUUCACCAUGAGGCC